CAGAGACGACUUAGUAAAUGAAAAAAUAAAUUGAAGCAAAGUCGUCGAAUAAAAAUAAAGUGGCCAAGUUAAUUAUCAUCGUUAAAUUGAUAUCUAUAUGUAUCACUGAACUAUAGUCAUGCACACCCCUCAUUGAUUACUUAUUCAACAACAAAAUUGCAAAAGAAAAUAAUCAAUGGGAAGGCAGAAUAGAAGUUCAUCAAAUGCGGCAUCUGAAGGCAAACAACACUUCAGCCAUCUACAUAUCUUGAAAUUAAUUGUCAAUCCACCUGAAAGUGAAACUCUCACUUGCAAUGCUUGUGAGCAACCAAACAUUGGUAACAAGCCUUUCUAUGGCUGCAAUAGCUGCCAGUAUUUCCUCCACGAAAACUGCUUCAACGCUCCGCGUUUUCUCAAUCACUCAUCUCAUCCUUCCCACCCCUUGACCCUUCUCCCGAUUCCAACUUACUCGAGUCGCUCUUAUACUUGCAAGGCAUGUGGCUCUGCUGGCAGUGGAUUUUGCUUCAGCUGUGCUUGUUGUGAAUUUGAUAUUCACUUACAUUGUGCGUCCUGUCCUAGCUCGAUACUUGUUGAUGAACAUCCGCAUCAAUUGGGGCUCCAAUUCGGUUCUCCUUACGAAGAUAAGAGUAUCGACUAUGUUUGUGAUGUCUGCAAUGUGAAAAUGAACAAGGACGAUUGGUUGUACUAUUGUGCUGAUUGUGAUUUCGGGUCACACUUGCAGUGUGCGGUAACUAAUCCUGAAGUUGGUGUUUUCCCCAAGCAACAACGUCCAGUUCCAAAUCCAAAUCCAGUCCCAAAUAGGAAUCCAAAUGCAACACUGGAGAUGAUAAAUGCAGCAAAUGAAGCUCAUGAACAGAUACUUGCAGCUCAAAUUAGUGCGCAGAUUGCGGCACGAGGAAGAGAGGCUUGUCUGGACUUGAUUGGGCCAUCACGAAGAUACAGUUACUAUUAACUGAAUCCUGAUUAAAAGAAAAUCUGAAUUUUACUUUUGGUACCUUAUGCCUUAUAUUGUGAUGUUCAGUUUUUAUUGCAAAAUAAAUGCUUUAGUGUGUUAUUUCUACUUCACAUCAUUCUCUUCAAAAUCAAUGUAUUUUAGUAAUUACCAUUACAGACUAUGGUCCAAUAAGUUAACAAUGUUUUUAUUA